AUGGAGUCCAACACUGAGUCACGCGAUCGGUACACUCUCCGCAAAGCACUCACCCUCCUGGAGAGGGACUUUAGCAGCCUAGAAGAUCAGGGUUAUUAUACCUUAGACGAGACCCUGCUAAAGCGAUACCACAUCCAAAAGGAGCCUCUGAGCCUCCGCUGUAAUGAUUCGCUCGCACCAAAGUUUUUCGGUCCAUUUCUCGCUCAGGGCAUACCAGAGCCGACAGAAGAAUAUGUCGAUCGAGAUUACAACACUGCCAGACUCACGCUGUCCAGCGAAUACGGACGGUUGAUCUACAUCUACCUCCAGUCAUACAUUCGCAAGUUGAUGAUCGACUUUCCCGCAGUCCGACGGGUAUGGUCAAGCAACCAGAUUGGGGAUUACGGCUUCGGUAACCUUUACCGCACGUUUGAGCCGGAGUUUGGCACAUUGUCAAUAUUUCAUGUCGCCAAGGCCGCCAGGCCGCAUAUUAAAUGCAUCAUGCACAAUGACCUCAAUGCAGAUGACAGUCAUCUGCUAUAUGGGGAGGUGUUGACCGUCGUGCGCAUCAUAUUGGGCCAACUGAAGCAGAAGGUAUUCGUAAAUGACAUGAUAGCACCGGUCCUGCUUUGCUCACUGAACAGACAGCGCCCACGUGUCAUCGAGGCAUAUUAUGAUGGCCAGAAAUUAGUGUUACGCCACACUAAAUCUUAUGACUUCACAAACUUAGACAAAGCCGAGUUCAAGACGUUCGCACAAUGGUUCCUUGGCGAUCCUAUCGGUGAUACGUCGAAAACGGUAGUCCGAAUCUAA